AUGGCCGACUAUCUUCUUUUCGAGGGCCCGAUGGGCUACUCACUUUUCAAGGUUGCCCACCAGGGCGACGCCGUGGGACACAGCUUGAAGGAGGUUCAGGAAGGUGUGAACGACCUAGCCAAGUUCGGAAAAAUGGUCCAGCUGUCCAGUUUCUUGCCUUUCGAGAACAACAAGCAGGCCCUGAGCGAAAUUAACGACAUUUCGGAGGGUGUCGCCUCAGAAACGCUCGUCUCCUUCCUGGAAAUGAACCUCCCCAAGCCUAGCAAGAAGAAGAAGGUUGUGCUGGGACUUUCGGAUAAGACUCUUGCUGGAAGCAUCAAGUCCGCCUUUUCUUUCGUCGAUUGCGAAACCGGUGAUACCAGCGAAGUCGUUCAGGACAUGCUCCGUGGAGUCAGACUGCACGCUAGCAAGCUGCUGAAGCAACUGCGGGAGGGUGAUAUGGAUACUGCUCAACUCGGUCUCGGUCACGCAUACUCGCGAGCCAAGGUCAAGUUCUCCGUCCAGCGCGACGACAACCACAUCAUUCAGGCCAUCGCUAUCCUCGACCAGCUCGACAAGGCCAUCAACACCUUCUCCAUGAGAGUGCGCGAAUGGUACUCUUGGCACUUCCCCGAACUCAUUAAGAUUGUGUCCGACAACCAACGUUACGCUCAAGUCGCUCUAUUCGUCAAGGACAAGAAGACCCUCACUGAUGAGAGCCUGCACGACAUUGCCGCGCUUGUGGAGGACGAUGAGGGUGUCGCUCAGAGCAUCAUUGAUGCCGCCAAGCACAGUAUGGGUCAGGAAAUCUCCGAGUCCGACAUGGAGAAUGUUAUCGCUUUCGCGCAGCGUGUCGUCAGCCUUUCCAAGUACCGCAAAUCUCUUCACUCCUACUUGGUCUCGAAGAUGAGCGUGGUCGCUCCCAACUUGGCUGCUCUCCUUGGUGAGAUCGUUGGUGCGCGUCUCAUUUCUCACGCUGGAAGCUUGACCAACCUGUCCAAGUACCCUGCCUCCACUGUCCAAAUUCUGGGUGCUGAAAAGGCUCUUUUCAGAGCCCUCAAGACCAAGGGAAACACUCCCAAGUACGGUCUCCUGUACCACUCCUCUUUCAUCGGGAGGGCUGGUCCUAAGAACAAGGGCCGCAUCUCGCGAUUCUUGGCCAACAAGUGCUCUAUCGCCUCAAGAAUUGACAACUUCUCCGAAGUGCCCACGACGAAGUUCGGUGAUGCUCUCAAGAAGCAGGUUGAGGAGCGUCUCGAGUUCUAUGCUUCUGGCGCUGCCCCCACUAAGAACGAGGUUGCCAUGAAAAACGCUAUGGAGGCUGCCCUCGCUAAUGUGCACAUCGACGGUGAAGAUAGCGAUGAGGAGAUGAAGGACGCCGUCGCUGAGAAGAAGGAAAAGAAAGAAAAGAAGGAGAAGAAGGAGAAGAAGGAGAAGAGCGAAAAGAAAGACGAGAAGAAGAAGAAGCGCAAGUCGGACGUCGGCGAGUCUGAAAAGAAGAAGCGGAAGCACGACACCGAUGCGGAGCCAUCCAAGAAGAAGAAGAAGGUCUAG